GAGAUGGACUUGCCUUCUCAUCUUUAACCACUCAAACAACUUAGAGAAAACAUGGCCACCUCUUUCUCUUCUCUUACUCUUAGGCUCUUCUUCUUCUUCGCUGUCCUUCUUGGCCACGGAGUUUUUGAGCUUGAAGCUUCUCAUCACAUUUAUGAUCAGACUCUUCAAAGUCUUGAAUCCACAGAUUCUACUUCCAUAACUCAACCUUACAGAACUGGUUACCAUUUUCAACCUCCCAAGAACUGGAUGAACGAUCCUAAUGGGCCAAUGAUUUAUAAGGGAAUUUACCAUCUUUUCUACCAAUACAAUCCUAAAGAAGCUGUGUGGGGCAACAUAGUAUGGGCCCACUCAACAUCGAGGGAUCUUGUUAAUUGGACCCCACAUAAAUUUGCAAUCUACCCAUCACAGCCAGGUGAUAUCAACGGUACCUGGUCUGGUUCAGCUACAUUUCUCCCUAAUGGUACACCUGCUAUCCUUUACACUGGAAUAAACCCACAAAACCAGCAAGUUCAAAACUUGGCCAUGCCCAAAAACACAUCUGACCCAUACCUUCUAGAUUGGGUCAAAACCCCUAGAAAUCCAUUAAUGGCACCCAAUGCCCAAAACCAAAUUAAUGCUACUUCAUUUAGAGACCCAACUACUGCUUGGUUAGGUGCUGAUGGUAGAUGGAAAGUGAUUAUUGGUAGCAAAAUCCAUAGAAGAGGAUUAGCAAUUCUUUAUACAAGUAAAGAUUUCAUUAACUGGGUUAAAGCUAAACACCCAUUGCAUUCUGCUGAGGGCACUGGAAUGUGGGAGUGUCCUGAUUUUUUUCCUGUGUUAGCAAAUGGUAAAAACGGAGUUGAUUUGAAAAUUCAGAAAGGUGUUAAGUAUGUGCUUAAGUUUAGUUUAGAUGAUACAAAACAUGAUCAUUACACUAUUGGAGAUUAUGAUCAUGUGAAGGAUAUUUAUACUCCUAAUAGAGGAUCAACUGAUGGUGAUUCUGGGUUACGAUAUGAUUAUGGUAAAUUUUAUGCUUCAAAAACUUUCUUUGAUAGUGCUAAGAAUAGAAGGAUUCUGUGGGGUUGGUCUAAUGAGUCUUCAAGUGUUAGUGAUGAUAUCAAGAAGGGUUGGGCUGGAAUUCAGGCAAUUCCAAGAGUUAUUUGGCUUGGCAAAUCAGGAAAGCAAUUGAUCCAAUGGCCUAUUGAGGAAAUUGAAAAGUUACGUACAAAUCCAAUCAACUUGCCUAGAAAAGUCCUUAAGAAAGGGUCUGUGCUUCAAGUUGCAGGUGUCACAGCAGCUCAGGCAGAUGUGGAGAUUUCAUUUAAGGUAUCAAAUUUGGAGAAAGCAGAAGUGCUAAACCCAAGCUGGACCAAUCCACAAUUGGUUUGCAGCCGAAAGGGUGCAUCAGUUAGAGGUAGUUUAGGUCCAUUUGGGUUGCUAGUUUUGGCUUCAAAUGGAUUUGAAGAGUACACAUCAGUAUUCUUUAGAAUAUUCAAAAGACAAAACAAAUAUGUGGUGCUUAUGUGCAGCGACCAAAGCAGGUCUUCACUAAACCCAGGUAAUGAUAAGACCACUUAUGGAGCUUUUGUGGAUGUGGAUCCUGUUCAUGAGCAGAUUUCAUUAAGGAGCUUGAUUGAUCAUUCUGUGGUGGAGAGCUUUGGUGGAGGUGGAAAGAGCUGCAUUUUAACCAGAGUUUAUCCCCAGUUGGCUAUAAAUGAGGCUGCCCACUUGCAUGCUUUUAAUAAUGGCAGUGAAAGUGUUACUAUUACAAGAUUUAGUGCUUGGAGCAUGAAGAAAGCUCGUAUCAACUGAAACGGAAAAAAGAGUUAGGGAAGUGGAGAUGAUAACUAAAGCAGCAAGGAAUGAGUGACGGAUUUAUCAUUAUAUAUAUAUAUAUAUAUAUAUUAGGAAAUUUGACUUUUAUUUUUUAAUUAACUAAAUAUAUAUAUUUUUAAUUUGUAUUGUCUCUAGCUAAGAUGUAAUAAAAGAAUGCAAUGGAUUUUGUAUUUGCCAA